UUUAUCGAAUUAGAAUUAGAAUUUAAAUGUUUCUUAGUAAUAAUUGUUAUUUUUUUUAGCCAAAAGGUACCAAAAGUCUCUCAGAUUCUCGCCUAUACGAUAGGAUUUCAAGUAGUUAACAGUUGAAACAAGAAAUUUCCUUGUUCCAUAAACAUGCCGACAAUUUUAGCAACCCUUGUUCCAUUCUUUCUAUUCAACAUUCUAAUCCUAGUACCAAUGUCUGUCUCAGAUUCUAACACUUUUCUCCAAUGUCUUUCUCUCUAUUCAGAACCUUCUCAUCCAAUCUCUGAACUCAUCUAUUUCCCUAACACCCCUUCCUAUUCACCUAUCUUAAACUCCUACAUCAGAAACCUUAGAUUCAACUCAUCCACUACUCCUAAACCAGUUUUCAUUCUCACCCCAUCUCAUGUUUCUCACAUCCAAGCAUCAAUCUUGUGUUGCAAGAAAUUUAACCUAGAAAUCAGAAUAAGAAGUGGUGGUCAUGACUAUGAUGGGCUUUCGUAUGUUUCAAAUUCCCCUUUCGUUGUUCUUGAUAUGUUUUUGCUUAGAUCAGUGGUUGUUGACUUAAAAAAUGAAACUUUGUGGGUUGAAUCGGGGGCAACAGUUGGUGAGGUUUAUUAUAGGAUUUGGGAGAAGAGUAAAGUUCAUGGCUUUCCUGCUGGGGUUUGUCCUACUGUUGGUGUUGGUGGACAUUUUAGUGGUGGUGGAUAUGGUAACAUGAUGAGAAGGUUUGGGUUGUCUGUUGAUAAUAUUUUGGAUGCGAAAAUUGUGGAUGUUGAUGGAAGAUUACUUGAUAGGGAAUCAAUGGGGGAAGAUCUUUUUUGGGCUAUUAGAGGUGGUGGUGGAGCUAGUUUCGGUGUUAUUGUUUCUUGGAAGAUUAAGUUAGUUUCUGUGCCUGAGAUUGUUACUGUUUUUAGAGUUGAAAAAACAUUGGAACAAGGGGGUGGUGAUAUUGUUCACCGGUGGCAAUAUGUUGCCGAUAAGAUGCAUGAUGGAUUGUUUAUUAGAGUUGUUAUUAGUCCUGUGAAGAGAAAAGGUGAGAAAACAGUUAAGGCGAAGUUUAAUGCUUUGUUUCUUGGUAGUGCAUAUGAUCUGCUUGAUGUAAUGAGUGAGAGAUUUCCUGAAUUGGGUUUGAUUGGUAAUCAGUGUGUUGAAAUGAGUUGGAUUGAUUCUGUGUUGUUUUGGUAUAACUAUCCGGUGGGGACUUCGACUGAUAUUUUGCUCGAAAGACAUUCAUCGCAAGAGAAGUUCUUGAAGAGGAAAUCAGAUUAUGUGCAGAAGCCGAUUUCGAAAGUUGAUCUUGAUGGUAUAUGGAAGAAGAUGAUGGAACUAGGAAAGGUUUCACUUACAUUCAACCCUUACGGUGGGAAAAUGAGUGAGAUUUCUGAGGUGGAAACACCGUUCCCGCAUAGAGCUGGUAACAUAUAUAAAAUCCAGUACUCGGUAAGUUGGAAAGAGGAAAGUAAUGAUGUUGCGAAUCAGUAUUUAGAUCAGAUUCGAAAGCUUUAUGAUUACAUGACUCCUUAUGUGUCAAAGUCGCCUAGAAGUUCAUAUUUAAACUACAGAGAUGUUGAUUUAGGCGUCAAUGGAGAUGGGGAUGUUGGUUAUGAUGAAGCUAGUAUUUGGGGUAAGAAGUAUUUCAAAAGAAACUUUGAUAGGCUUGUAGAGGUGAAGACUGCAACUGAUCCAAGCAAUUUUUUCAGAUAUGAACAAAGUAUCCCAUCACUUGCAUCUGAGACUGGUAUAAUGUCAGAAUAGAAGCAGCUAUGUUUAUGAAGGGGUAUAUCAUUAUUAUAAAAAAUGUAUGUAGAAGCAUGCCAUUAUUAUGGAAAGCUAGUUCAGAUCUAGAUUGAAGUUUGUUACUAUAUUUGAUUGGUUAGAAAAUUAUUUCCAGUUGUAUCUUCCCUGAUUAAGGGGCUUUCUUUGUUCAUUUGGGUUUUGAGCUGAGAUGAUUGAUGAUGUAUGUAUAGAUUACAGAUUUGGUCUUGUAACUAAUGCUAUUAGGCCGGUGAUUGCUGCAUAAUGAAAAAUGAUAUUCCAAUUUAGUUUA